AUGGCGCCGAACGCCUCCAGGUCAGCUGCAACGCAAUCAAUUGGUGUGGGAGGACCAUUCGACCCAACUCCUACCCACAGCGACAUGAUCAGGAGUAUCGAUCGAUUUCUCAAGAGGACAGCUCUCUACGAGUAUGCCGAAGAAAUUCGGCUUGGCGCCUUCCUUGCUCGUCGACCAUUCGGGACAGAACAAAUAAAGCACCUCAAAAGAAUGCACGAAGAAGAGGACCUUCUCAACAGAAAAUCGAGUAACCCUAACGAUGAUGCAAGUGACGGAGAGCGAGCUCGGGCGGAAGACCACACCGAUACAAAGGUUACCCGUCGACGGGAGUACAUGUACAGACAUCUCGAAAGCGAAGGUGACAGAGGGCGAUGGCAGAUCUAUAGGCGGCAGAACUGGCAUGUUCAUGCCUUGAUUCUGUGCUGCUCUUUGGGUGCCGCCAUACAAGGCUGGGACGAGAGUGCAGUCAAUGGAGGUGAGUUCGAUGAAGGGGAGUCGUCAUAA